GGGCUGCUAACAUACAGCGGCGUACCUGAAAAGCACAACAUGAAAGAAGCAAAAAAAGACAUGGACAAAGCACAGCGUAAUUACCAGGAAGCUGGUUCAACCAUUGCGAUGGUAAAAAUACAGACCUUUAUUACAAGACUUAUGGUUAUAGUUGUAAUAUAGUUGACAACCACAUAUCAUCUCUGCCGCUAUGAGUAAUAACUGAACGAUGUAAUAACUGGAGAAGUUCCAUAGAACAAUGUCCAAGUCAAAAUCUUGCACAUUCGUAGCAGUCAAAGUUCACUUAAUGCAAUAAACACUCCACUGGGAUUCGAUACACACCCUGAAGAGCCACAUUUCAGCAUGGCAUUUUGUGCAAGACAUUAUUUUCAGUGUGUCUUGGUCCACUCUCAGUGUCGUAUGAAAGAUUAAACGUUCACAAAAUGCCUCAAGGUUUAGGAGUCGUUCUGGAGGAGUGGAAAUGUCUGGAAGAAGAGUAUCAACAACUUCUGGAGACACACAGACUGUACAGACUGAAAUUGGAAGAAAUAUCCAAACUACAAAAAAACUGCUCUUCCACCAUUUCAAGUCAGCGCAGCAAACUGAAGGAGGUGUCCCACCUCGUGAAAAAAUGUAGCAAAGGAUCAUUAGAGGAAGAUGCCAAGACCUUGGAAGAAAUAAAUGAGAAAAUAAAGACGCGACCAAAUUCUUUCUUUGAGAUGGAAGCUUUCCUCCCCAAUAAAAACGGGUUGUACCUCAAUCUAGUUCUUGGAAAUGUGAAUGUGACUCUUCUCAGCAAGCAGUCAAAAUUUUCCUACAAAGAUGAAUACGAGAAGUUUAAGCUUUGCCUCACAGUUAUCCUGCUGCUGUUCUCCUUCAUAUGUUACUUCUUUACAAACUACAGAUUUCUUGAUGCAAUCCUCAAUUUCCUACUUGUGUGGUACUAUUGUACAUUGACAAUCAGGGAAAGUAUCCUCAUCGCAAACGGCUCCAGAAUCAAAGGAUGGUGGGUUUUCCAUCACUACAUCUCAGCCUUUCUGUCCGGUGUAAUGUUGACAUGGCCAGAUGGUGACCUGUACAAGACAUUCAGAAACCAGUUCCUCGCCUACUCCUUGUAUCAAAAUUUGGUUCAGUGUCUGCAGUGCUAUUAUCAGAGCGGAUGUCUGUACAGGCUCCGAGCGCUGGGAGAAAGACACAACAUGGACCUGACCGUGGAGGGAUUUCAGUCGUGGAUGUGGAAAGGGCUGACUUUUCUGUUGCCCUUCCUGUUCUUUGGUCAUUUCUGGCAGCUCUUCAAUAGCAUUUCUCUCUUCAGCAUGUCUCGACUCCCAGACUGUAAAGAAUGGCAGGUCUGGAUGUGCGGACUCUGCUUCCUCGUUCUGUUCAUGGGAAACUUCUUCACCACUGUUGCUGUUGUCCGUCACAAGGUCAAGAGCAGGAAUCGCAAACCAAAGAGCCUGUGAUUGCCUGCCAACACGACAAACAACAAUAACGACGUCUCUGUAAAAUACUGUUACGUCUCUACUUGCCAAAUUAGGAGCUCACAUUAUCACUCUUGUUGUCAUUAACUUCAAAAGCUAUGCUAUUAAGCAACCCACUUAUUGUAAGGCUUGGCUUGGCCAUCAUUAUAAAAACAUACACGUACAACAUGUAAAAACAACAUUUUGUGUCCAAUCAAUCAAUGUUAAAAGCUGAGUUAUGCUUCAAAAUACAUUUCCUUUGUUUUAAUAGUAAAAUGACUCAUGUAAGAUGGAGAAGGCAUAAAAGUACUGUCCAACACAGUAUUUACCAGCCUCCGUGCAUCUGUUUCUUAAUACAAAGGCUGUGUAUUUUUCUGAAUAUGUUUGAUUAAAAGCCCUUAGUCCUUUCUUUCAAUCCUUUUAUGCGGUUGUAAAGAGUUUCCCUGCAGAGAGCAUCUCUUUCUGCCUGCUUUUGUAACAUUGGACAUGUAUUUUCUCUCUGUGUUGAACUUGUACAAUACUUAUUUCCUUUUUGUCUUACUUGGCACUUUUAACCCAUUAAAUUACAGGCGAAAAUACUCUAUAUCUUUCUUCAUAACAUUUAUCUGAAAGCAAUAAAUAAUUAUUUUGUACAUUGUAUAAAACCUGUGACGAUUUAAUAAAAUUGGAUUGUUUGUAUUCAACUGC